AUGUGUUCAGGUUCUGUAUUUUUUAUUUCAACUGUGCCUUCUUUCAUGGCUUGGAUGACUUAUAUUUCCCACUGGUUUGACGAAGAUGAUUGGUAUGAAGGACAACAAAGAGCAAAAAUGUCACAUGUGAAACAAGUGGGACUUUUAGCUGCUGGAUGUCAGCCAUGGAACAAGGAUAUAUGUGCCGCUAGUGGGGACAGAUUUGCCUACUGUGCUACCCUUGCUGUUUAUAUUUAUCAGCUGGAUCACCGAUACAAUGAAUUCAAGCUCCAUGCAAUUAUGUCCGAGCACAAGAAGACAAUCACAGCCAUAUCUUGGUGUCCCCACAACCCUGACGUGUUUGCAAGUGCCAGUGCAGAUAGUUUAGUGAUCAUAUGGAAUGUGAAUGAGCAGAAGGUUGUGGCCAAGCUGGACAAUACAAAAGGAAUUCCUGCAUCCCUUGGCUGGUGCUGGAAUGCAGGUGAUGCAGUUGCGUUUGUGUCGCACAGAGGUCCACUGUACAUUUGGACUAUCUCAGGACCUGACAGCGGGGUAACUGUGCAUAGAGAAGCACAUAGUUUCUUGUCAGAUAUCAGUCUGUUUAGAUGGCAUCCAAAGAAAAAAGGAAAGGUGGUAUUUGGGCAUACUGAUGGAAGCCUGUCUAUUUUUCAACCAGGUUCUAAAAAUCAGAAACAUGUCUUAAGACCAGAGUCUCUUGAAGGAACAGAUGAAGAGGAUCCAGUUACAGCUCUGGAGUGGGACCCUUUGUCAACUGAUUACCUUCUUGUUGCUAAUUUACAUAAUGGUAUUCGACUAGUUGAUUCUGAAUCUCUGUCCUGUAUCACAACUUUUAGUUUUCCCAGUGCAGCAGCAUCUGUUCAGUGUUUAGCCUGGGUUUCUAGUGCACCUGGAAUGUUUAUAACUGGAGAUUCUCAGGUUGGUGUGUUACGUGUUUGGAAUGUUUCACGUACAACACCUAUAGAUAAUUUUAAAUUGAAGCAAACUGGUUUCCAUGGCUUGCAUGUGCUAAGUUCUCCUCCAAAAAAAAAGUCAUGUUCAUCACAGUAUCCUACUAAAAAUCACCAUACAUCUUCAACAAGUGAGGCUGUUCCUCCUCCAACUUUAACCCAAAACCAAGCAUUUUCUCUUCCUCCUGGUCAUACCGUCUGUUGCUUCAUGGAUGGUGGAGUGGGGCUUUAUGACAUGGGAGCCAAAAAGUGGGAUUUCCUUAGAGAUUUGGGACAUGUUGAGACCAUCUUUGAUUGCAAAUUCAAACCUGAUAACCCUGAUCUUCUUGCUACAGCUUCAUUUGAUGGCACAAUAAAAGUUUGGGACAUAAAUACUUUAUCAGCGGUUUAUACAUCUCCUGGUAAUGAGGGGGUUAUUUAUUCCAUUUCUUGGGCUCCAGGAAAUCUUAACUGCAUAGCAGGUGGAACAUCCAGAAAUGGUGGCUUUAUCUGGGAUGUUCGAAAAGGCAAAAUGAUAACCAGAUUCAGUGAGCAUGGAAAGAAUGGAAUCUUCUGCAUUGCCUGGAGUCAUAAAGAUUCCAAAAGAAUAGCAACCUGCAGCAGUGAUGGAUUUUGUAUUAUUCGAACCAUUGAUGGCAAUGUUCUUCACAAGUACAAACAUCCAGCUGCAGUGUUUGGCUGUGAUUGGAGUCAAAACAACAAAGAUAUGAUAGCUACCGGUUGUGAGGAUAAAAAUGUUCGUGUUUACUACUUGGCAACCAGCUCUGAUCAACCAUUGAAAGUUUUUACUGGGCAUACUGCAAAGGUGUUUCAUGUGCGGUGGUCUCCUCUCAGAGAAGGAAUCCUCUGCAGUGGCUCUGAUGAUGGAACCGUUCGGAUAUGGGAUUAUACACAAGAUGCUUGUAUAAAUGUUCUUAGUGGACAUACAGCUCCGGUUCGGGGACUGAUGUGGAAUCCUGAAAUUCCUUACCUUCUAAUAUCUGGCAGUUGGGACUAUACAAUUCGAGUUUGGGACACAAGAGAUGGAACAUGUUUGGACACAGUUUAUGAUCAUGGUGCAGAUGUAUAUGGAUUAACGUGUCAUCCUAGUCGUCCAUUUACUAUGGCAUCUUGCUCUCGUGAUUCCACUGUGAGACUCUGGUCAUUGACACCUCUUAUAAACCCUCUACAAAUAAAUAUCAUAACAGACAGAUGCUGGGAUGAUAUUAUUGGCAAUACAGAUCGUGCCGUGGAGUCUGGAGCUCCUCCUUUGCUGUGUGGUAAAGUUUCCAGGGAUAUUAAACAAGAAUUGGAAAAAUUGUCAGGAAGUCCUCAAGGAAAAAAACUAAGGUGGUUUUCAGAAUUUUUUUCACCUCCAGGAGGCAGCAAAAAUUUAUGGGAUUUGGUUGCUGUAAUAAAGGGACAGGACGACAGUUUGCUUCCACAAAACUACUGCAAAGGAAUCAUGCAUAUGAAACACCUCAUUAGAUUUAGACUGUCCAAGGCACAAGAACUGACAACAGUAAAGAUGUCUAAAUUUGGAGGUGGUAUUGGUGCACCAAGCAAAGAGGAAAGACUCAAAGAAGCUGCAGAAAUACAUUUAAGAUUAGGACAAAUUCAGCGAUAUUGUGAGCUAAUGGUAGAACUUGGAGAGUGGGAUAAAGCUCUCUCAGUUGCACCUGGUGUAUCAAUGAAAUAUUGGAGGAAGUUAAUGCAAAGGAGAGCUGAUCAGUUAAUUCAGGAAGAAAAUGAUGAUGUCAUCCCAUAUUGUAUAGCUAUUGGAGAUGUGAAGAAACUGGUUUCUUUCUUUACUUCAAGAGGUCAGCUUAAAGAGGCUCUACUUGUUGCACAGGCAGCUUGUGAAGGAAAUAUACAGAUGUUACCACUCUCCACAACAAGUGGAACUUCAAAUUCUGGUGGAAAUAAUACGGAUGAUUAUAAUGAUCUCCUGCAGAAAGUCAGUAAAGAACUGGCAGAUUGGUAUUUCCAGGAUGGCCAUGCAGUGCUUGCAGCAUGUUGUCAUUUGGCUGUUGAAAAUAUAGAGCUUGCGAUGGCAAACCUGAUUCGUGGAAAUGAACUGGAGCUGGCAAUCAGUGUGGGUACUGUCUUGGGAGAAAGUGCAGCACAAGCAACACAUUAUGCACUAGAAUUACUAGCAAGAAAAUGUAUGGCAGUAAUAACAUGCUUCCCAUCACUUGGAUACAGGGAUUUAGCAAUUGAUCUUCUUAUGAUGAUCCCUGAUAAUAAACUGCAGUUAGUAAAACUAUGUGCUUUUUAUCCUGGAUGCACAGCAGAAAUAAAUGACCUGCAUGAAAAGUGUAAUCUUCCUGAUGUGGAAGAAUGUAUGCGAGUGGCAGAGACAAUUCAGGCAGACGGGGACGUAUUUGAAACAAUAAAGUACUAUCUGUUAAGCACAGAACCUGAAAAGGCUCUCCCUGUUGGCAUUCAGUAUGUGAAAGAACAACUUUGUGGCUCAGAUUGGACUUUAGAUUCAGUCUUUCCAUAUCUUGAUCUUUUAAGUUACAUACGGACUGAACAGUUAAUGUUGCCUAAGUGUAGUGAGUUUCGGAAUGAGUUGCUGAUUUUGUGUGGUUAUGUUGGUGCUUUACUUGCUAUCAGAAGACAGUACAACAGCAUUGUACCUGCACUGUAUGAGUAUACAAGUCAGCUUUUAAAAAGACGGGAAGUAUCUGUACCUUUGAAAAUUGAACACCUUUCUGAGGAAUUAGAUGCGUGGAGAGCUUGCACACAAUCAAACAAGCCUACGGAUGAGUUGCCAUGCACCCCGCCCUCCGAAUCACAGAGAGCGCUGUAUUCAGUACUUGUCUCGCGAAUUCAGGGGGAGCCUCUGAAAGGAAUGGUUGGGCCAGACUGUGUCACUGGAUCAAAUCUUCCCAGUCACUCAGAUGUUCAUACCUCUUGUUUGACAGGGCUAAAGAUCCAGGGUCCUGUGUUCUUCCUUGAAGAUGGAAAAUCUGCUAUUUCACUGAAUGAUGCUUUGAUGUGGGCCAAAGUGAAUCCUUUUUCACCAUUAGGAACAGGAAUACGACUUAACCCAUUUUGAUGAGGUGUUUCCUCUGUACUUUAUAGUGCUUAAAAUAACACUCUGGGAGUCAAUGCUGAUUUAACCUUGAUUGCCAAAGGAUGGAGAGGUCAAUUACUUGAACUUUUAAAAAUUUUAAAUGAGAAGAAAAGGAUUUCUAUACAAAUGUUUGUUCAGAAUCCAAAGAAAAAAAUUAUUUGAUAAUCCAAAGAAAAAGUCCUAAUUUCAUAUAUAGCCAUGUCAUUUUUUUUAGUAGGAAUAUUGUUUUCAGACAAUUAUUUUUGUCAACUCUGUGUGAAUAGAUGCUUUGUAAAGUAAGCAACUAUCUACAUAUUACUAAAAUAUUGAUAAUAAACUGUGAAACCCAUAAAUACUCUUCCAAAUAUAUAAUCAUAGAAUAACUUUAUUGAUAGCAACUCCGAACUUUUUUAGAAUGACUGGAAUAUUUUGGCUGUUUCACACUGUUCCCCUUUUUAAUUUGAACUAAUUUUGACACAGGGUUGUAUAGCAAAAGUAAAAUUUAAAGAGUUGGUGUUUUUUUCAUCCACUUGUUAUUGUGCUUUAAUAGCAGUACAAAUAGAAGGUCACUUAUGUUUUAUUUAGAUUAUCUAUAUUUUGUUUAGGUUUUCUAUUUUUUAUUUAUUUGUUUAGAUUAUCUAGAUUACAAAAUUGUAUUUUCUAAUAGAAUCAUAUUUGGCAACAUUCCCUGUUAUACUUUCACCAGAGGCUAAAACUCUUUAUAAUUUUUUUUGUUUUUUUAACAAAGUCUUUGUAUAGAAUAAACAGCAUAUUUAUUGAAGUUAUUUAACUAUGCUAUGUACAUUUUAAAAGCUUGUUUUCUCUUUACAUUUUGUAUUAGUUAUACAUAUAAUACGACAGCAGUAAGUACUUGUGCAUAUAUAUUUUUAUUUACUAUAUCUGCGCUCAAAUGGAAAAACAGUUAUGGCAAUAGAAUACUAAAAAUAUUUAAAGCUGUGUAUAGUAUGGAAUUUAAUUAUAAGGCAAAUAUUAUUCUUGUUAAUAAUUCUUAUAAUCAGAAUUGCUCACCUUUAGAAAAGAUGCCUUGGUUGCAAUACUUUUUAUUAGUUUAAUGGAUGGUACAUAGGCAGAAAUUUACUUUAUCUGUUCUUACAUUUUUUUGCUUGUACUUUAAAAUAAAUUUUGACAUUUAUUUGAAUUCCUGAUAGUUACAUGAAAUAUAAAGAGGCUACAAUUAAAAAUUGGCAGAAUUAUUUCUAUAACAACUGUUGUAAAACUGGAAAUAGUAUAGGGUCUCUAUUUAGUAGAUCCUAUCAAAAAAGCCUCAAUUUAGAGGUAAGCCUUGCCCUUAUUUAACUAUAGAAAUAACAAUGCCACCAUGCUGGAAAGGUGGGAUGGAGAUUAGAAAUAAAAGAAAAUCCUGGGUUUGUUUUUUCCACUCUGUCUUUAAAAUGGUAAAAUUUCCCUCUGGUGAUGUUCUAGAGUAUUAUUACAGGGUUUCUGGUGUAAGAUUAUAUUGGGCGGAGGGAACACAACUGUUUUGUACCCUAAAAACCCCAUUUUUGUACAUACUCAGGUGCUGGAACUGAAUAUUUUGCUUCCUGCAAGUACUCUUUGAAAAUGUUUUCCCUUUAUUUAUUCCAUGAAGCUUGCAGAAGAAGAAUUUGAUUUCAGAAGUUAAAAUUCAUAAUUUUUGAAAGAAUUUUCCAUCAGCCAGUAUCUGAUCUUGCUUCUGUCAAAUGAAAGAUUAUCUGUCUUUUAGCACAUAAAUCUUACAACCUGUUAUGUAUAAGUUCUUGAUAGAGAGGUGGAGAGCAAACAUGAGAACUGAACAUGCAGCCCCAUGACUGAGGAUUGGGAUCAGAAGUAUUGACUCAACUGCCAUUCUACUAUAUUUAAAAUCUUUUGUUGUAUCAUAAUGAUUUUUAUUAAUAUUUCACAAUUAAAAUAUAUUGAAUAUGUAGUAUAACUGCAUCAGUGUGUUGCACAUAAAUUGUGCCUUAACAUGGAAUCUUGGGCAAAUCUACUCCCUCUAAAUUACAGAGUGAGGGUUAAAAAUUCAUUCCUUACUAAAAUACAAAAAUUAAGUCAAAGGGCAUUUUUUAUAUUGGGGAUCCAUCAGGAAACAGUCAUUGUGAAUAACAUGAGGUUGCAUUUUCCUUGAAGUUGUUUGUACAGUGGUGAGUGAGGGGAAUAUGCAGAAAAGGUUGUAAUUGUGUCUGCUGUUACAGCUGUGCUUGCAACUGUCAACUGGUUCAUCAGUUUCAAAAAUAAUUUCAGAUUGUUUGCAAAUGUGUAGCUUCAUUGUCUAGUAUAGCAAGUCAAAUACAGAUAUCUCCCCCUUAAUAUUAAAGAAUACUUUGUCUUCAAAAGACCGUUUGACUCCUCUGUAAAAGUCAUAUUUCCAUUUAAAUGACAAAACAUACGAAGCUACACAGCUAGUGCUUUCCAAUUACUAUUAAAUCUCUGUUAUGUUCAAUAUCCCUGCAAAACCAAAUCCAUUGUUUUUUGGAAAUAAUCUGUCCAAGAGUACUGACAUGUUUAUAAGCUUCAGAGACAGCCCCACUGGCAACUGCAGUCUGAGAUAGGAGAUGUGGCACUUUAAACCCAUGUUGUGGGCUGGAAUGAUGCCCUGUCUGUUCCACGCUGCGCAGGGCUCCCGCCAGGCUGGGCCAGUGAUGCUGCACUGGCCAUGGCCACAGCCGAGCGGCCCCGCAGCCCCAGACAGGCCCAGGAGAAGCACAGGGAGAACCUUGUACUCCACGUGCUUUCUCACCCACCAGUGCAGUGCCUCCUGUGGGUCUCUGCAAUACUUUCAGCAAGCCUACAGGAUUUCACUGUUGGAUUUCCUUCCAGAACUGACAUAUCACACUGCUUUUUCUUUUUUCCUGACAAUGCCUUAGAGCACUUUUUAACUGGUAUAACAGUUCAUUUAAUAAGAACUUCGUUGUAAUAGGACACUUAAACAAUGCUCUGACCUGGGAUACUGUUUGCUUCAGAUCCUGGUUCCUAAUAUUUUAAUACAUAAUUUAACAUUUAUUUCAUACUAAGAAUUCAACCCAUCAAAGCCACAUUGAAUAGGGCCCUGACAUCAUGAGAACAGUAACAAAACUGUCAUUUCUGGCUAAAUAAGGGAUCAUUUUCGGAAGGGAUUUUACCAAGUACUGACACCAGGUAUUUCACUGCCCUGCAUUUUUGGUAUGUGGCAGUAGCAUGCUCUGAUCUGCCAGAGACCUGUCCCAGUGCGUAGUCCUGCCAGGCCAACCACAUCCAUUCCCUCUUUUGUUUGUCCCUGUCACAUAGUAACAGAAGCAAUGCCCCAUUCAACUUGGCUCAGCUUGCCAAAAUGAACUCAAUUUUCACACAAUUAUCUGUUAGCAAAAGAUGGAAAUUUAUGUUGAAAAGUGCAUCUUGCCUGAGAUGGAAGUAAUGGUAUUACCACAAGCCAGUUUCUUCUGACUAGUCUCCUACUCUGUGUAUAAUUACACAAAAAAAUAGUACCAAAUACCUGUAAACUACAAAUAUGGUCUUUGGUUGGUGGCAGGGAUCAGGGAGAACGGUGAGAAUGGAUAUUGCAAAUGCCACAAGAGUAUGAACACACCUAUUUGCAACGAGAUGGCCUGGACCCUGGUGUGACCCUCAGCAAAACUUUUAUCUAGUUGUGUUACAAACAGGUGUUUUGCAGAGUAGCCAUGUUUGCUCCAAUCUGAUAUAGGUGUAUAGAACAUAGAGCUUUUUUUGCCACUUUGUCUGAAUCAAACUUGAAAAGUGAUGUGUACACCUGAAGGUGAGGCUCUAAAUGAGCUCAUUCUAUGUGGAGAAGGUCAACAGUGCUGUGGUUUGAUUGGCACUUCAAAGUUAGGUUCUUUGUCAGAGUAAUACACAGUAAUGGUGCUGUGCCUAAAAACUACAAAUUGCUACUUUCUGGAUGAAAAUAAAAACCACUACACUCACCCCAAUAUAGACUCAGGAUAUGAUGGACUUCUAAGCAGCUCCUCAUAUUUGCAUUUGACUUUCCUUUACAAGGACUCCAGAAAAGCCUCCUAACUAGAGUUUUUGCAGGGAACAGAAGCAAAUUAAGGUUAUUUAACAGUGUCAAGACAGCUACAUUUUUUAUUAGGAGCACAUUAUUUAGCAACUGAGUAAGCAUUCCUCUUUGUGAAAGCUUCCUCUAUAGUUAGUUCCUCACUUAUCAUCUUUCCAGUAGAAACAUAAAUACUGAAAAGAGUCACUGAAAAGGAAUGGAAGAGGGUGAAUCACCAAGGGCAGAUGACAAGUUUUUAUGUCCCAAGCUUUGGUUUGCAGGAACUGUAUCAGUCACUGAGAAAGUAAUCUGUUCUCAAAGGAACAGCAAAUGAGAAGAGGGAAAGGAGGAGUGCUGCGCUUUAAUCUAUUCAGAUCACAAUCACCAAAAAUUCAAGGGCAUAAGCAAAGCCUCAGGGUUUUCUAAUGUCUCUUGGGGGUGUCACCAUUCUAUCUCUGGCUAGAGUUGAACAAUACCUUUUCACAGAAAAGCCUGUUGGAGUAUUUUGGGAAUUUGCAACAGGAUUUUUGGAGCUGGAUAAAUAUUUACAAAACAGGUAGUAAGAGAAAUAAUGUCCUUUCACGAGCUGUACCCAUCCUGAUAAAAAAUGGACAUUUUUGAAAACUUGUAUUCACCUCCUGAACUCGAGCUUGAAUACCUCCACUAUGUGCCUUCAGAAACCUCACAGACACUACAUAUUAUAUGCAUUAUAUGCCUUUCUCUGAGGCAAAUAA